UUUCCCACUGUCUCUUUUUCCCUCCCCCAUUAAUGGAGGGAAGUUUAUAAAAAUCUAUAAUUUUCCCCUCUAGUUUGAAGCAAAUUUUUUUAAAAGAAAAAUCUCGAUUUUUUCUCAAAUUUUGGGUUGCCAUUUUCGAGAAUGGAAGAAAAGGAAAGUACGAUAUCUGGAUCACUGGGCAACUCGGACACUGACUCACCACCUGCACCAGUGAGCAGCCUGCAAGUGUUGCCCCAGGUGAUGGACUUCAACAGGAUCUUGGAAAGAAACAUUGUUAGUUCAACAACAGUGACGGCAAUAACUACGACGACAGCGAGUCCAGGAUCAGGUGGAGGAGGAACAGUGAGUGAUUCUUUGGGGAAGAAAAAGAGAGGGAGACCCAGAAAAUAUGACGCGGAUGGGAACCUUAGGUUACCAUAUCAGAUAGCGACGGCUCCACCUCCUGGUUUCACUUUAUCACAUUCUUCUCCUACUGAGUUCAACUCAUCCAAAAGAGGUAAAAUGAAGUCUUCUACAGGGAACUGGCAGCUUCUUGCUUCUUUAGGUGAAUUAUUUGCUAACACGGCUGGAGGGGACUUCACUGCACAUGUGGUCAAAGUUAAUACUGGAGAGGAUGUUGCAGGGAAAAUUCUUUCGGUAUCAGAGAAGGGUCCUCGUGGGAUUUGUAUUCUAUCAGCAAAUGGAGCUGUUUCUAAUGUUUCCAUCCGACAACCUGGUUCAUCUGGUGGGAUUUUAACCUUCGAGGGCCGGUUUGAGAUAUUGUCUUUAACCGGAUCAUUUACCUUCAGUGACAACGGUGGUGCAAAGAAUAGAACCGGUGGUUUAAGUGUUUCAUUGGCUGGACCGGAUGGUCGUGUAAUAGGUGGUGGACUUGCUGGUACAUUGUUGGCUGCUAGCCCUAUACAAAUCGUGGUGGGGAGCUUCAUGCCAAAUGCCUACAAAGUGCAGAAAAGGAAGCCAUACCGUGAGCAGCACAGGGUGGCAGCUUCCAUGGUCCCCGCCGUGGCGACGGUGGAAGAAGCAAGGUCAAUCUUCUCACAAGCAAAACCCGAUGGGGAAAACAACAUGAAACCAACAUCGCCAUUUCAAGUGGUAACCCUUGGGGAGGCGAGCAAUAACAUAGCCAAUAUUGCUGCAGCCUCCAUCGUUUCCGGUUGGAAUAACAGCUCAGAACCGGCCUCGAUCCACCGGCCAUCACCUGAUAUUAACGUGUCAGUGCCUAGUGAGUAGGGGUAAUUAACUCCCUUGAGAACAUUCUUCAUUUGAGGAUUAGCUUCUUUAGAAUCUCGGACAUGAUAAAUGAGACUCGAUUCGAACUAAUUUUUAUUUACGUUUUCGUUUGUAUCG